ACCAUGUGAAGGUUGUAUUCUUUAUUUUGUUACCUAGUUACUUGUUAGUCUAUCAGACGCCGCGGUGGAGCUAUAGCGCGCGCUCACCUCUGUAUAAAACGCUCUACAUUCAUAAAAAUUAUUUAAAUUUUACUUUGUUUAAUAAAUAAAUUUUCUCUUCAAAUUUUUCACAUUAAUGUAAUUUUUUAAAUAUUUUUUAAGCAUAAUAAUUAUAAUAGGUAGUAAUUACCAUGGCCUGGCGUUUAUUUUUAUUAACGUUUGGAUUAAUUUUACAAGCCUCUUUUGUGUCUCCUAUUGCUGAAAUUGUUGCGGAUGAUGAAGUACUUCACCUAAUUGGCGAGCCAGAUUUUCGUGAUGUUAGAUUGAGGUGGGAAUACGGGGAUGCUGAGGAGGACCCAAAAAAAUUGUUGGCGUUCCAAGUCCAUUACUGUGAACUGCAAGCUUGGGGUCAAUAUCGGUGUAGAACUAAGGUAAUCGAAAGUUUUGAAGAGGAUAAAAAAGGGAGAGUGAUUGAACCUACAACAACGCUGAAACCAAAUGUGACAGGGCGUCGUGGACGAGUUUAUACAACUUACAUCACCGGUCUGAGGAUGGCCACUACCUACUCCUUCGAAGUGCGUCCUGUAAGAAGAGACGCGAGAGAAUUAGCUGAUCCACAAUCCAUUGGCUCUAAGAUUAUAAUUGUACCUACAAAAGGAUUUUCAGCUCGGGCAACUCAAUGUUUGCCGCAUGCAAGUGAGGUGGAAGUGUCCACUGGCCCAUAUUUUGGGGGGCGAGUAGCGGUAGAGGCAGCGGACGGCGGUCCCGAGAGGUGCUCCAUACAAGGCAACCCGAACAGCGCGCAAGACGCAUACAUACUCCGGAUACAUCACGACGAAUGCGGCUCUGACGUCAAUGAAACUACUGUCGCCACUUACGUGAUAGUGCAGGAGAAUUUACCUAUUUUAACGCACAGUACCAGAAGAUUUCUCGUUCUUUGUACAUACAAACCGGAAACACUGACUGUCAGAGCUGGAAUUAAUUUACCGAAAUCAAGCCCUGGUGAUGUCCUACUGGAAACUAGACCACGCGGUUCAGUUGAACCUUACAAUGAUAUGGAUGACAAUAACUUACAACCAGCGCGACUUGAAGCACGAAGAGAAGAAUCUCCGCAAAGUAUGUUCGGUGAAGUAACACUGGUUAUGUUCCUGGUAGUUACUGCAUUUGGCGGGAUUGGUCUUCUUGUAUGGAAAAUGGUCCCUCACGCUGAAAGGGACAACAUAUCUAUUGGAACAGCGUCAUCUCUUUCUCGCAGCAGUAUUUUCAGUAGGCGCAACAGAGACAUGUUCUCGGAUAGAAGCUCCGUCUAUUCAAUAACUUUGUCCGAAAAAGACGAGGACACUACUAAAAAAAGCAAUGAUUGCGACAAUACUUCCGAAGCGUAGUUAGGCUAUAUAAAUUAGGUGUUAUUCGUGUCAAUAAAAGAUGAAUUUAUUUUAUCUCAAUUAUUUUUAAGUUUUAUCUUUAUUUACAUGGAUAACACCAAAGUAAACAUUUAAUUGUGAUCUAUUUAAUUAUAUUUUAUCACCCAUGAUUAUGACUGCUUAAUAUAAAUGUAAAUAUUAGUUAUAUGUAAGUUAUUCAUUUAAAUCAGUACCUAUGUUGUUAAUAAAUACGUUGAGCGUCUGUUUAACCAAGGUUUAACCGG